AUGACCUCAAGCAGCCCUUCAUACCUUAUAAUUGGCGCAGGUGUCUUUGGUGUAUCAACCGCCUACACCCUCAUCCAGAAGUAUCCCAACGCAUUCGUAACUCUGGUUGAUCGAGAUGCGUAUGAUGCCGAGUCUCGUGUGGCUGCAUCAUGGGAUUGGAACAAGGUUAUUCGCGCCGAUUACGAUGACAAGGUCUACUGCAGACUUGCACUCGAAGCUCAGGAAAUUUUUAAAUCCGACCCUCUUUGGCAGCCACACUUUCACCAGACCGGCGUUUACUGGACCUGUCGCAGCGACUACGCGCAGGAUGUCAUCGCAAACCACAAAGAGCUCGGUCGCAACGACGAAAUCAUUGCUCUUCCUGUUGCUGAAGCUAGAAAGCUUUAUGGAGGAAUCUUUGACAAUGCCGACUACACCGGCGUCAAGGAGGUUCUGGUGAACAGGGCUAGCGGCUGGGCUGCCGCCGGAGAUGCUCUUCGAGCAGUGACCAAAAGAUGCGUAGAAUUGGGCGUCUCAUACGUCACUGCAUCGGUUACGAACCUUGAGUUCGAUGGUCGUGGCUCUUGCACUGGCGUGAAGACACAAUCUGGGGAGAUUUUGUCGGCCACGCAUGUUCUCGUCGCGACCGGGGCUUUCACACCCACAUUGCUAGAGUGGAGUGCUGCGAAGAGUGGCAACGCUGGACUACGAGCCGGGGAGCGAAUUCUUGCAGCUGGUAUCACGACCGGAAUGGCGCAACUCAAUGAGGAGCAAUACGAAAAGUUCAAAGAGAUGCCCGUUGGCUUCCAGGGCUAUACACCAAAUGAAGGGAAACCCUUCAUUGGUACUCUCCCGCCUACGAAAGAUCGAGAGCUCAAGUGGUGGGGAUCGAAGAUCUUCACCAACACUCGAGAGGUACUUCCUGGGCAUUAUAUCUCUUCUCCUCCCCCCACACAUGACUACAACCAGUGGACUGUUCCAGGUCCUCUCCAGCAGGAUAUUGUAGAAGCUAGGAAUCUGUGGUAUGGACCCGAAAGUGCCACAUGGGAGAUGACGAAACACCGCAUUUGCUGGGACGCUUUCACCACGACCUCGGACUUCAUCAUUUCGCCUCACUCUGCCUCCAAGGGGCUCUACAUCGCCACUUGUGGUUCGUUCCAUGGAUUCAAGUUUUUCCCCGUGCUUGGAAAGUACAUCACCCAGAUGCUUGAGGGAGAAUUGGCACCUGAAUUGAUGGAAAAGUGGGCAUGGGAUAGACAGCGACCUGACUCCUCCGAAAACGUGGAGUUCCCGAACUGUGAGAUGAAGCAUUUACUAGAACCCGCAGCGAAGCUAUAG